CAGAUUGUUAUUCGACCGCAAUGUUUGAAAGUAUCUAUAUAAUAAAUAUGAAUUUAUCAUUGUUAGUCGUGUUUUUAUUAAAUUAAAUAAUUAUUAAUUACAAAUAAAAGUGUAAAUCAGUCUUUUAAUAUGAUGGAUAAGGAAGAAAUAAAAGAAUCUAAUGAAAGCUCAAGUGAAACAAACAUUGCUAAGAACAAGUCAAAAAUUCGCGGAAAAAAACGAAAGAGGCUUGAAAGUGAUAGAAGUACUGACGGUGAUAAUGUAUUGCCAGAAAACACUCUUGAUAUUGAGAGCAGUGUCCGUGCUUCAGCAAAUAAAAAUAAUUUAGAUGAUGGGAGUGUUAGAAAAAUUUUAAAGAAAGUAGUGACUAAUGACCGUGUACUGGCCCUUGUUAAGAAGCGAGUAGAAGAAGAAGAUUCGGGAACGGAAGAGAGUCUCCGACCCAAGAUCACUAGAUCAAAAGCAAAGGAAUUGAUGAAGGUGUCGCGAAGUAAGGCACCAUGGAACUUGGAGUUAACACCAAUCAAACACAUACCAGUAAAAACGAGACCGGAAGUGAAGGCCUUGAUAGCACAGGAGCUACCUGAAGAUGAAGAUGAUGAAGAAUAUAAGCCUACCCCUGAUGACAUCAUGAGCGAUGACGAUCAUAUAUCUUUCAGUGACUUGGACUCACAGCCGCGAACACCGGCGACCCCUCAAAGUCAAAACAAAACUAAUUCCAAAAUAGUUCAAGAUGGACCGUUUAAAGUGCCUCAGGAUUUAUCCAAUGAUGUUUAUGAGAAGUUAGAUUUAAACCAAGAGGAGGAGGCGACAAUAGCUCUAAGGACUCGGUCUAAACUAAGUCUAUCGUCAACUUCCAUAGAACAUAUAGAAAGUUCAUUCAUACCCCCGGACUACCUCCCCGUGCCAGAUGUAGAUGAUCUGUGGAACGAGUUCUUGACGGAGUGUCUGAAUCCAGCUCCGAAUGCGAGGAACGAGGAUGACGAUGAAACAGACCCGGAGUAUAAUGUCGCUGCUGACCCUGAUGCAAAUGAGGAAGAUGAAGAAGCAUUAGAAAAUAGCAUAAUCAAAAUAUCUAAGAAAGAACUGAAUGAUCUGGUGACUGAAUUAUUUCAUGUAAUGCCGCAGGAGAUAGAUGUGCAACUUGACAAUAUACAGGAUGUUCUAGGUGAAGGGAAUGGUGCUGAGGUAAAGACCGUUUGGGAAGGUAAACAAGAGCCACUUUCAGACGAAGAACCGAAAGUACAGAGUGUUGCUGCAAAAAUACCGUUAGAGAGGCGAAAUAGCAAGACGAGAUUCUCUAUAGGGAAGACAGAGCCAGAUGACAUCGAUGAACAUGAGCUCGUGAUAGAUACAAGUAAACAUACAAAAGAAGUUCCUAAGAUGGUGGUCGAAGAAAAUCAGCCAGGGGUACCCGUGAGUGAAGCUGUGCCCGUGCGUGAGGUGAGCGCAUGCGCUUCCGAGCCGUCGACGGGCGCCCCUCCGCCCCCCGCGCUGCCCUCUCCCCCCGCGGGCCCUUCUCCCCCCGCGGGCCCCUCUCCCCCCGCGGGCCCCUCUCCCCCCGCGCCGCUGCGUGCGUUGCUGGAGGCGCCGGUGGUCACACUCACCAUACAAGUGGACGACUCUUGCAAGAUUUACCCCCAGCAGGUGCAGCUGUUGCAGCAGCAGCUCCGCCAGCAUAUACAGCUAGCCACUUCAAACUUUCUCCAGUUGUUCGUCCAUCCCAUGCAUUGGUCGUAUGCGCCUAAGUACAAGGAAUAUCUGUUAUCACUGAACAAAAUGACAUUAACAAAUCCCAAAUCAGUGGCCGAUGUUUGUAACCUGAAACCUGCGAUAGACCUCGUUAAGAGCUGGGAACGCUCUCUGUCUGAUAAUACGCCAGACUCUGUCGCAAUGGUGGAGUUUAUCCAGAAAGAAGUAGAAAAGUGUCGCCAGCGUACUACACAAAACCGCGUCUAUUUCGCGGAUUUCCCGGAGUUAUUUAAGAAGGUGGUGGCUAACAGUUCGGUUUUCCUUUACCCGUAUUUGUUACCACCGGUUCCGUAUAAAGCUACUCAUCAGCAUAAGAGAUUUUAUCUACGCUCUGAAGACGAAUUAAUAGUUCUGGGGCUCGACCAGUUCUGGCAGUACGUGGAGGACAACCCGAAGCUGUUCAAGCGGCCGACGCGCCUGCACCCGCGCCACCGCUGGGGCCUCACCACGGCCGCGCGCCUCGUGUGUCGCCACAUGCUGCCCGCGACCACCCUGCGCUCGCUGGUCUCGCACCUCCACACCGCGCAGAAGAGCAACGCGCGCGACAGCCCCAUCGUGAACUAUUUUAAAAAUUAUACCAUAGAACCCGUUAAGCACAAGCUGCUACCAUAUAAUCCGAAUAUAACACUUUAUGAACAACCGGAAUUCGAAAUGCCCCGUAUGUGGAUCAGAUAUCUUGCAAAAAGCAGUAAGAGGUUUAAAGAUCAUCUAAACCGACGCACUACUCAACCGCCAGCCGGAGUUGAAAUCGAAAUGGGGACAAACGUUAAAUCCCCACAAAGAAAUCCUCUACCCAUUGAUUUCACAAAAGAAAUAUCCUGCGAUAGAAUCAACUUGCUCCCACCAAAAUCAAAACCGGUACAUAUGGACAAAAUGGACGUGCACAUACAAAACGUUACAAAUAAUACAACGUUUCUCGUUGCAACAAAUAUUUAUACAAUUGUCAAUACAAGUACGGGAAGUCAAUUAAUUCCUCUUCAAGUAACGAAUACAGUUGAUAGUGCGUCCACUCCUAUAUGUUCGCCAGCUGUCGUAAAUCACAACCAAAGUAAACGUGAUAAUAAUACAGAUUGCAAAAAUGCAGAAAAAAACGAUAAAAGUAUUCAUAAUAAUGAAAUAACAAAUUCAAACUUGGAACCUAGUGCUGAGACAAAAUCGAAAGGAACCGAAGCUUCUGGCCAUUGCGAAUGUUGUAUUCUAUUUAAAAAAAUACGCAGAAAACGUCAGUCUUUCAUUACUGAUUAUUUUAAUAGUAACAAGAAAAAACAAGAUAACGUAUGUGCUUGUAGACAGAAGAAAUAUCCACAGAUAACAAAUAAAUUGAAGUUAUUAGUAAAUAAUUACAAAACACUUUCAAAAACUAUAUAUAAUGAAGUAAUAACGAAGAUAGAGAAAUGCAAAAUGGCUGAAGGAAGCAACAGUCAACAAUCCUCCAAGGAUUCAAAUACUAAGGAUUUAGUUUCAGCCAUUCUGUUCCAAAUAAAACUAGUUGAGAGGACGAAUAUUAUUCGAAAUAGCGUGAUGAAGAAAACUUUACACACAGCAUUUGCCAAAUUCGACGUUGAAAAUGGUGAUCCAAUAAAAUUAUCUGAACGUUUGUUCGAAAUAUUCAAUGUAGAGUUGGCUGAUAUGUACAAGGAAUUCCUUGGGUUCCUCACAGCGGAACAGGCUGAUAAACUCAAUCAAUUCAAAGAUUAUUUUGUAAGAAACUGUAUGCAUGAGUUGAUUGUUAAAAUAGAGGAAAUAGUAUUGGAUAACGAGAAACGUCAAUUAAUAUUGGAGACCUUAAAAGAGAUCAUUUUAGACAACACGUCACAGCCGUGUGAGCUUUGCUGUAAACUGUUGAAUUCCGCUCGAGAUUAUCCCACACUUGCGCAAUAUAUUUACUCGUUAUUCCCUCAUCGGUGGAAAGAAAAAAUAGAUACUAUAAGUGAUACAGAAGUAAAUGGAAGGGGAGAUGACCAUGAAGGUAGACUUGCAAUAUGCGAAGAAACUAGAGCCACAACGGAUUAUGAAGCUGAUAACUCGUCUAGCGAUGAAGAAGUCUCUCCCUCAAGAAGUAUUGAAGUAUUGAACAGUGAACCUCAGCCACCAAAUAUUCAGAAGCCGGAUAUAAUGGUUACUACAAUUAAAUGCGAAAACCCUGACGCUUCCGAAAUGACAGUAGAUGAAACAGAACAAAGAAACAGCGAAUCUUCCGAAAGUAUGUCUAUGCUCAUAAUGUCUGAGGAUGAGUGUAUUAAAACUGAAAUUCCAGAUUGGAAAAGAGACGAAGAUAAACUUAUUCUAGAAGUACUCAAACAAUGCAUACGUCCGAAUGAGAUUAAAGACAAAACAAUAAUUGAAAUAAUUGAAGAUAAAAAUGUUGUAAAUAUGAUAUCAGACAGCCUUAGCCAUAAAUCUUAUGAAGAUGUGAGAUUAAGAAUAUUGUAUCUGUUAGAAGUUCUUGUAAAUGAUACAGAUAAAUAA